AUGGCAUCUGAUGAUGAAGAAAUGGAAAUAAGUAAAGACAAUAUGGAAGAUGAUAGUGAUGAUAAUGAUACCGAUGACGAUAGUACAUCAGAAGAUUCAGCUGACGAACAAAUCGAUGAUAGUAAACAAGAAGCUGAAUUAGUUGUACUUCGUGAUGCAGUUAAAUCUAGUCCGUAUAAUUAUCAAGCACAUAUUGAUUAUAUUAAUUUAGCUCGUCAAUAUACUAAUCUUGAACAUUUACGUUUUGCUCGUCAAACAAUGUCCGAAUUAUUUCCAUUAACUGAAAAACUUUGGCUUGAUUGGAUUCACGAUGAAACUCUAUUGUUAGUAUCGAAUUCAGAAGAAAAAAAAGAAUUCGUUCAACUGUUUGAACGUGCUAUUAAUGAUUAUUUAUCCGUUAUGAUAUGGAUUGAGUAUGUUCAAUAUCGUAUACCAUAUUAUAUAUCAUUGAAUUCUAUGGAGGAACUUCGAAAUUUAUUUGAACGUGGACUUAGUUCAUGUGCUCUUCAUUUAACUGACGGUAGUCUUUUAUGGGCAGCUUAUAUUGAAACUGAAAAAGCUAUAUUAGAAGGAAUAUUAUUAAAUUAUCAGACAAACGCAAAUAAUGAUUUAAAAGAAAAAAUUGCUCAACAUGUCGACUAUAUUUUAACAUUAUAUCGUCGACAAUUAUCAAUCCCAUUACGUGGAAUGGAUACAGUUUAUUAUACAGAUUAUAAUGAAUUUUGUCAACAAUAUAAAGAAUAUUUACCAACAAAUUACAAUGAAAAAUAUGAUUUAACAUUAAAAGAUGAUUUAGAUCGUGCUAUUCAACGAUUAAAAGAAUGUGAAAAAUUUGAACAAGAAUUAGAAGAUACAAAAAGAAGUGUACCAACCUAUAGAAAAUAUAUUGAAUCUGAAAAAGAACCUACACGCAUUCAAUGUUUAUAUGAACGAGCUAUUGUUGACAAUUGUCUUGAUGGUGAUUUAUGGCUUUCUUAUCUUGAUUUUGCUGAAGAAUAUUUAACAUCUACGAAUAUUCUACAAUCUAUAUUUCAACGUGCUGUACGAAAUUGUCCAUGGGUAGCAACACUAUGGAUUCGUUAUGCUGAAUACAUGGAAUUCAAUAAAACCAUUGAUCAUUCUGAAUUGAAAAAAAUCUAUGAUCGUGCGCUUAAUUCAGAUCCAACAAAUUUUGUUUCAUUUGUUGAUUUACAAUUAGCUUAUAUUCAAUAUCGUCGACGUCAUUAUGAUCAGGAAUUAUUAUCAAAUAAUAAUGAGCAAUGUGAAUUAUUAAAAGAAGAAAUUCGUCAUAUAUGUGAAUAUGCAUGUGAUCAAUAUCAAGAAUUAUUUUCAUUAUCAAAAGAUCCAAAUCUAUUUUUAAAAUAUAAUGGCAAAAUAGAAUUAUAUUGGAUUCAUUUGGAAACAAAAUCAUUUAAUUCAAUUGAUCAUGCAAGACAGAUAUGGAAUGGUCGAAUAUUAAUGAAUAAUUCACAUAAUGAAAUGAUAUCAAAUUUAUGGAGAAUCUAUUAUUACAUGGAAAUUCAGUAUGGAGAUGAAAAACGUGCCAGAAAGGUAUUAUAUCGUGCAUUAAAUCAUGUACAAACCAUGGAUUAUCCAUUAAUCAUUUGUGAUAUAUUAUUGGAACAUGAAAAGAAAUAUGGAACUAUACAACAAUUAAAAGAAACUAACGACAAAUUAAAACAGAUUAAAAGUAAAAUUAUUCCCAUUGAAAAACCUAAACGACAACAACAACAAAAACCACCAAAUAAAAAUAAUAAAAAACAAAUCGAUAAAGACAAGCAAAAAGAAAUUAAACAAAAACCAGCAAAGAUCUCCGAGAAUAAAAUGGAUACAACUGCACCAUCACUUCAAGCUAAUGGUAAUACUACUCAACAGCAACAACAUCUAUCGCCUCGCAAACGAAAAUUAUCACCUGAAGAAACGCAAAGUGUUAAAAAGAAACCUCAAGCUUCAACAAUCGAUAGUGAAGGCUUUAAGAUACCACCUCCACCUCCACCUCCACUUCCACCAACUCUACAACAUUCAAGUUCAAUUUUAUCUUCAGUGGGUAGAUCUGAAAGUGAUAGUGACCAUUUAAAUACUGUAUUUGUCGCUAAUUUACCCUUUGAAGUGGAAGACGAUGCAAUACGCAAAGCACUCUCGUCAGCUGGUGAAAUAAAAGAAAUCCGUAUUGUUAAACAUGAAUGGUCUGGUAAGUCAAAAGGUUUCGGUUAUGUCGAUUUUGUUACAAGUGAAGGUGCUCGUCAAGCAUUGAAAUUAGAUCAUACAAAAAUAAAUGAUCGACCAAUGUAUGUUAGUGUUUAUGAUCCAAAUAGAGCCAUAUCCAAUGAUCUAACAAAAAAAUUAAAAUAUGCUACAAGUUUAGAACAAAACAAAUUAUUCGUAUCGAAUUUAGCAUUUUCAACAACGAAAGAACAAAUUGAAAGUUUAUUUGCAGAGAAUGGAUUUAAAGCGAGAGAUGCUCGAUUAGUUACGCACAAAAGUGGAAAAUCCAAAGGACUUGCUUAUAUCGAAUUUGAUGAUGCAAAAGAAGCUUCAAAUGCUGUACUUAAAGUUGAUGGAGCAGAAAUCGAUGGACACAGAAUCAGCGUUGCAAUUAGCAAUCCACCAAAGCGUAAAGAGCAAAUUACAUCAGCAGCCCCAAGAGCAGCGUCAUUAGGUGAAGCACCAAAAUCAUCAGGACCAAGAGGUAGAGGUCAUUCUCAAAUCUCAUUAGUACCAAGAAAAGUUACAAGAACAAGCAACACGCCGGAUAAUCCAACAACAUCAACGACUACAAGUACAAUGAGUAAUGAUGACUUUAGAAAAAUGCUUUUGAAUAACAAAUAA